GCUGUUCGCCUCGCGCCAGUGCAGUGUGCAGUGUGUAUGUGUGUGCGUGUCCGUCACGUUCAUCUUUGGCGAGUAUAUGCCCUCAAUUCUGCAAAAUAUGUAAAUACGCGACGACCGAGCGCUACGAAUCGGCGCGAAGCGCGUUGAUCAUCGACUCGAGAUUUUUCCCGCCUCGAUAAAUAAAUAAUCGUCAAGUCGACACGAGCGAUAUGUCGGAAAUACGCAAGAGAACGGUCGGCGUCGACGAUACGUCGACAGCGGCGCGGGAUGUCAGCGACGAUCAGAAAGAAGAUGUUGAAUCCGAAGAUGAUGCAAAAUUGGAAGUAGACGAAUUAACAAAGACUUUGCCUCAAGGAACUGAUCAUACUCCACAUAUUUUAAGUUCCAUUCUUUCUGGUCUUCCAGAUCGUUGGCGAAAUUGGAUAAUUAGAACUAUUUUUACUUGGUUUAUGAUAGGUGGAUUUUGUCUUAUUAUUUAUGGAGGUCCAUUAGCACUGAUGAUUACAACAUUGAUUGUGCAAGUAAAAUGCUUUGAAGAAAUUAUUAAUAUUGGAUAUGCUGUAUAUAGAAUUCAUGGUUUACCAUGGUUCAGAUCUUUAUCAUGGUAUUUGAUAACUUCCAAUUAUUUUUUUUAUGGAGAAAAUUUAAUGGAUUAUUUUGCUGUGGUGAUUAAUCGAACGGGAUAUCUACGUGUACUUGUUACAUACCAUCGAUUUAUUUCAUUCUGUCUUUACAUUGUUGGUUUUGUAUGGUUUGUACUCUCACUCGUGAAAAAAUAUUAUAUGAAGCAAUUCUCUCUAUUUGCUUGGACACAUGUUGCAUUACUUAUUGUUGUAACACAAAGCUAUCUUAUUAUACAAAAUAUAUUUGAAGGAUUGAUAUGGUUUAUUGUCCCUGUUAGUAUGAUUGUGAUAAAUGAUGUGAUGGCAUAUAUGUUUGGCUUCUUUUUUGGACGAACUCCCUUAAUAAAAUUAUCUCCAAAAAAGACUUGGGAAGGCUUUAUUGGUGGUGGUAUCUCAACUGUCAUACUUGGAUUAAUGAUGUCCUAUGUCAUGUGCCAGUACCGCUAUUUCGUCUGUCCCAUCGAAUACAGUGAAACUUUAGGAAGAAUGACCAUGGAUUGCGAACCAUCAAGUUUGUUCCAACUGCAAGAGUAUACAUUGCCAAAGAGUCUUCAAGUAAUAUCAAGAAUGUUGAAUGGAAAGUCCACUUUGACAUUAUAUCCAUUUCUUCUGCAUUCGUUAUCAAUGUCGGUAUUCAGCUCUGUAAUUGGACCAUUCGGAGGAUUCUUUGCUAGCGGAUUUAAACGGGCAUUUAAAAUUAAGGAUUUCGGUGACGUAAUUCCUGGUCAUGGUGGAAUAAUGGAUAGAUUUGAUUGUCAGUAUUUAAUGGCAACAUUUGUAAAUGUCUAUAUUUCUUCGUUUAUUCAUACUGCAUCACCUCAAAAAUUAUUACAGCAGGUUUAUAGCUUGAAGCCAGAGCAACAGCUGCAACUUUUCCAAACGCUAAAAGAUUCGUUGGCGAAUAGGGGUAUGCUAACUAAUUAAUAUUUUUAGUUAAAAAUGUAUUUAAUGGCAAAACUGCUGCAGGGAUUAUUUUUAUCUAUUAAAAAAUGUUAGAAAAGAUUCUUCAUCUUUUCUAAUAUUAAACAAAACGUUAUAUGCAGUGACAAUGCAAACACAGUAUCAGAUAAUUAUAAUAAUUUGUUAACUACAAUUAAAGUUAAAUACCAAUUGAA